CUCACCAUAUGCUCCCAAACACAAAAUAUACUAACACUCCCAAUUUCCUCAUCAACCACAUACCUCCUCCUUGAAUUAGGCUUCUGGUUGCUAUUACUCGGGAUUCCUGGCGUACAGCUAUCAUUUUCCGCGCCAGUCCCCGUAUACGCGCUCCCUUCGAGCCGCACGCAAGGCGUUCCCCACGGCACUCUAUCCUUCGCUUUGGCAUCACUCCACAUAUCCAUGUACGCGUCUCCCGCCGCUUGAAUCUUAUCUCUAGCGUCGCGCUGCCCUUCGGGUAUCGGAAACCAAUCUUCUUUGAGCACGUAGGAAAGCGUUUUGGUCGCGUUGAAGAGCCAGGCGUUUGUGGUUGUCGAGAUCGUGUCAAUGGAGAGGAUAGAUGCUGUGCUGUUACUAUUGUUACCAGAGGAGGAGAAAGAGUGGCGGAUCUGCGUGCCGAGGACGUAUGGGGAGGGGUUGUUGGGAGCUACGACUUCGGUGUAGGUUGCGCAGAGAGUGAGGUCGAAGAUGCUACGGCUGUGCGCUAUCGCCAGCGGUUUAUGGAGGACGCCGGAUGUGUGGGGUUUAUGGAUGUUGUUCUCGGUAUAGGUCCAAUUGCUGGUUAAAAAAGGUUGUAGGGGGGUUAGUGUGCCGCUGGUCUGGGCGGCAAGGUAUUGAGAUGCUGCUUCAGCGAGAUGGGCGCGAUUGCAUGUCGUGUUUGCGACGAGAGGUAUGCUGUAAGCGGUUGUGAACGAGAUGAUGAGAGCGAAGACUGUGUGAGUAGGUCGUGGCAUCUUGAAACGAACAGAUGAAUGUAAUUGGUCUUUGGUUCGGUGGUGAGGCCAAUCUCU